GGGGCGGGGGCUGUUUGUCUGCUUUUAAGGCACUGGGGGGCAGGUGACUCAGCAUUUUCCUGGCUCCUUUUAACCCAGGGCGGGAUCCAUCUGCUCCGCAGCUGCAGCGAGAGAGACCGAGAUGCCUGGCCCCUUCACCAUCACCUACUUCCCCGUGCGCGGGCGCUGCGAGGCCGUGCGGAUGCUGCUCAGCGACCAGGGGCAGGAGUGGCAGGAGGAUGUAGUGACCAUGGACCUGUGGCAGAAGGGAGAGCUCAAGAAAUCCUGUCUGUUCGGGCAGCUGCCUAAGUUUCGGGAUGGCGACUUAACCCUGUACCAGUCCAACGCCUUCCUGCGGCACCUGGCCAGGACCUAUGUGCUAUAUGGGAAGGAGCUUGGGGAGCCGGCCCUGGGUGGGGGUGGGUUCCUGGGGGAGCAGCUGGGCCCUGACCCCUGUCUCCCGCAGGAGAACGGUAAAGCGGCCUAUGUGGAGGGACUGCCAGGACAGCUGCGCCCCUUUGAAACCCUGCUGUCCCAGAACCGCGCCGGCAAGGCCUUCAUCGUCGGAGAUCAGAUCUCUUUUGCAGACUAUAACCUGGUGGAGCUGUUGCGGAACCACCUGGUGCUGGCACCCGGCUGCCUGGCCUCCUGCCCUCUGCUGGCCGCUUAUGUGGAGCGGGUGAGUGCCCGGCCCCGCCUGCGCACCUACCUGGAGUCGGCCGCCCACCGUGACCGGCCCAUCAAUGGCAAUGGCAAGCAGUGACCCCCAUGGAUGGACGGAGGGGGCACUCCCGAGGCUCAAUAAACAGCUCCCAGACCAG